AUUCUCCAAGGCAAACCCACGCUUCACGAAUUCUGCUGUGCCCAGUGCCAAGAUGGUCCAGCCCAGGACUGUCCAGCCAGGGGUGUGAACUCGCACUCUGGAGUUUGGGGGGAGGCGCCUGGGGCCCAGGACAGACGUGGAACUCACCGCGACGCCCGUGGGAGCCUCAGGUGUCGCCUCUAUAAAAUGAGUUAAGUGAUAGGACAGACCCUGCAGGCUUCCCCCAGAGGAGGAAGGGGACAGGGGGCAGGGUGGAAAGGGGGGGACGUCAAGUGCGGGGCAAGUGGCUCUGCGUGCUCAGAUUAGGUCCCCGCCAUCCCUGGGCGGGGGAGAGCCUCAUUACCCACCCAGGGGACUCAGGGAUUCCCAGCCCCGCGGCUGCGGUGGCUGAGCAGGGGAGUAGCCCGGCAAAGGGCUGAAGAAGACGGGAUCUGAGGCGAGGAGCUGCGGAGAGGGGAGGCCCGGCGGGGACCCCGGAGGGACCCGGGGCGGGGCUGGAUCCCUGGGGGCUGGCGGCCGGUGAGCCUCGGAGCAGAGCAGGAGCCGAGGAUGCCGCGCGGCGCGGGGCUUGGCGGGCGCUCGCGCGGUGCCGCCGCCGCUCUUCAGGCGGAGCGGGGACAGCCGCGCUACAGCGCCGGAGCCCAGGGCCGGCGCCCGCGGUCUCUUGCGCCACGUCGGCUCCGCCGCGCGCCCGCAGCCCCGGACUGCACCCCCGGGCAUGAGCGCCCCCUCAACGCUGCCGCCUGGGGGCGAGGAAGGGCUCGAGGCGUCCUGGCCUCCCGCGGCCAACUCCAGCCGCGCCCCAGCGGAGGAGAAGGAGGGCGGGCGCGCGGGGGCGGCGGGCAUAGUCGCCAUCCAGUGCAUCUACGCGCUCGUGUGCCUGAUGGGCUUGGUGGGAAACGCCCUGGUCAUCUUCGUGACCCUCCGCUCCGCCAAGAUGAGGACAGCUGCCAACAUCUACUUGCUCAACCUAGCCGUCGCGGACGAGCUCUUCAAGCUGAGCCUGCCCUUCGUGGCCUCAUCAGUCGCCCUGCGCCACGGGCCCUUCCGGGCAGUGCUGUGCCGCACGAUGCUCAGCAUGGACGGCCUCAACAUGUUCACCAGCGUCUUCUGCCUGACAGUGCUCAGCGUGGACCGCUAGGUCGCUGUGGUGCACCCUCUGCGCGCCGCCACCUACCGCCGGCCCAGCGUGGCCUAGCUCAUUAAUUUGGGCGCGUGGCUGGCGUCCUUGCUGGUCACCCUGCCCAUUGCCAUCUUCGCCCACACCAGGCCGGCUCGGGGCGGCCAGGCCGUGGCCUGUAACCUGCACUGGCCGCACCCGGCCUGGUCAACGGUCUUCGUGGUCUGUACUUUCCUGCUGGGCUUCCUGCUGCCUGCUCUGGCCAUUGGGCUAUGCUACUUGCUCAUUGUGGGCAAGAUGCGGGCAGUGGCACUACGUGCUGUCUGGCAGCAGCUGAGGCACUCAGAGAAGAUCACGUGUCUGGUGCUGAUGGUGGUGGCCGUCUUUGUGCUCUGCUGGAUGCCUUUCUACGUGGUGCAGCUACUGAACCUGUUUGUGACCGGCCUUGAUGCCACCAUCAACCAGGUGUCCCUCAUCCUCAGCUAUGCCAACAGCUGUGCCAACCCCAUCCUCUACAGCUUGCCCUCUGACAGCUUCCGCCGUUCCUUCCAGCGGGUUCUCUGCCUGUGCUGCUGCCUCCUGGAUGCUGCUGGCAGUGCUGAGGAAGAGCCCCUGGACUGCUCUGCCACUGCUCUCAAGAGCAGAGGUGGGGAGGGAUGCAUAUGUCCCCAGCUGCCCUGCCAGCAGGAGGCAGUGCAACCAGAACCCAGCCGCAAGCGUCCCCUCACCAGGACUGCCACCUACUGAAGAGCCCUUUCAACGCCCACCCAGCGUGGCCACCUCCAAGGGGUCUGCACCACCAUGACAGCCCAGCAGGCUGUCUCUCCUGAAUGCUCGCCCAAGAACCACCACCUCUUCACCCCACAGCCACCUCCUUCCAGCAGUCUGCGUGCCAGCCCCAAGAGCUUCAAAGUUCCUCCGCUUUUUCCUCUGCCCCGGACUCUGGCUUUCAGCAGGAUGCCUCCGUUGGGGAGUUCUCCUCUGAGAACUCGUCUAGGAUGUUAAUUGUUCCUGAACCUCUGGUUGUUUUUCAAGGAGUGGGAAGCAGGAUGAUGCAGGGGACGAAUGGCCGUCUACAGGCCGCUUGUUACUCUGCCUGGGAGAGGACUGUCUGGAGGAUGGAGGUGGCCAAGCGCCCUUGCUCUGUGCAGACUCUGCAUGUGUGGAAAGGGGAGGGAGGAAGGAAGAUGCCUCCAAGCACACUCCCUUAGCUUCUGUCCUGGGCUGUUGUGCUCCGAGACUUGUGUGCAGCAGCCUGGGGCACUGACUUUGUCACCGCCCAGGCCAAUGCCUGCCUGCAACUGUAAGUGUCAUCCUGGUUGCCCUGGCUUCCUGUGAGUAGAAAAGGUUUGGAGACACUUGACGUGGGGUUUGUUACAAGGCGUAAAACUAGGUCAGUGAUAAGACAAAAGAGACAGGCUAAAUCUCAUCCAGCUCCUCUGAUGUGAUUUCUGACCUGACCCUUUGGUGUGAGAGCGUGAGACCUCAUCACGGCGGCAGUUUAUUCUGUGGUGGUGAGUGGGAGGGGCGUUGGGGAGGGAGAAGAGGACCAGCAGAUGCAGAUGGAAAUCAGCCAGAUUUGGGGUAGAAGAGGCAGCUCUGUCACACACUGUUUAAAAAAAGUCAAUAUGCAAACGUCAGCCAGAUGCAGAUAAUAUUGCAGAUAAUACAAAUGCAGAUCAUAUGUAGGCUGCACACAGUGAAAAGCCAUAAGUUUUUGCCUGAUGUUAACCCAAAGAUAAGUUAUCUUUCCCCAAAGGAAAUCAUCUCUUUUUUUUUUUUUUUGAGGAAGCUUAGCCCUGAGCUAACAUCUGCCACCAAUUCUCCUCUUUUUGCUGAGGAAGAUUGGCCUUGAGCUAAUAUUCGUGCCCAUCUUCCUCUACCUUAUAUGUGGGAUGCCUGCCACAGCGUGCCUUGACAAGUGAUGCAUGGUCUACACCCAGGACUGGAACUGGCGAAUCCUGGGCCACCAAAGCAGGACAUGUGAAUUUAUCUGCUGCACGACUGGACUGGCCCAGAAAAUGUCAUCUUAAGAGGAGCUUCAGUCCUGCUUUCCACUAAAGGCAGAGGUGGGUGCUGAGGAAGGGCUUGCAAUGUGUGUUGGGAUCUGGGGUGAAAACAUGCUAUCACACAUGCAUGAGGUGCUACGCAGGGUCUCCGCCUGGCUUAGCACAGCAAGAGGCACUUCUGGGUGUGGUUGGCCUGGUCUUGAUGGUGCGAGGAAGAUAUGCGUGGAGCGGGGAGAAGGAUAGCUGAGGAGAUCCCCCUGCUCUUCAGAGUGGCUGGCUUCGCCAAGCUCACUGCUUCCUGGUGGGAGGGCUUCAAGAGAGAGCAUCCUGGACCGGUCUGCCUAGCAGACCUUGCCUGACUCGGGCAGCCGGCGGGCAUUCCAAGGUGGGCACGGGGGCUGCUGGGAGGAUGAAGAAGACGGAAGUAGGGCCUGAGGCAAUGCUCUGCUUCUACUGUGGACCAGGGCUCCCCACUGAGAGCAAGGCUCUUCCCUGGAGUGCUCGGGCCAAAGCCAGAGCUCUACCUGACGUGAGCAGGUGCCUGGCGUGUGGGAAACAGGCAGGAGAGCCGAGUUCUAGUCCUAGAUACCAGCAUUGUGUGGCUCAGGCGAGUGACUGCAGCCCGCCCGGGGUCCUCAGAGCUCUGCCUGUAAACUCAGAAGGUCCUUCCAGGACCAGCACUGGGUGGCUCUUACAGAUCUGACCUUAUGCUUUUUCCAUAUGGCUGUAGAUUCCAGUUGCUCCUGUACUGAAUGAAAGAGAAGUGGCCUUACCAAAACUCUUUGGGCAUAUGACCACUCCACACGGCCCACCAGCAGAAUGUUGUGUAAGCCGUGAUCGGCGUUGAUCAGUGUGUCUCAGGGCUGGGGAGCGAGGUGGAGCUAGAGGUCUCUAGGGUCUGUACAUGCGGUGGUCUACUUCUGACUCUGAGAGACAGUGUGUAGCCAAGUCUGUCCCACAAACUGGAGACACGGCUGUGCACUGGAAACUCCCACUAAGGCAUGGAGACCCUGGAACCCACAGACACACAUGCCCACGCAAGCACACACAGACAUCAACUGGCCCUAACUUGUCCGUACCCACUAGAGUUACCUUGGGCGUCUGGAGUGAAUCGGUGCUGGCGUCUGUGGGCCUUGUCUAACUGUAACUUCUUGGCUUUAAAAUUGAACUAUUUCUUUGUUCCCCAGUGCCUGGCCAUGCCUGGCAGGGUGGGCACUGGCAAGCGUAGUUGAACUGAGCUGCGAGGACCACCCAGGCUUACAGCGGGGUCCUUCUCCUCAGCUCCCACAGGGACACACUAGGCCAACUCUCUGAUGAGCAAGAUAGGCACUGACCAGGAGUCUUGGCAACACUCAUGCCCAGCUGAGUAUUUAAAAAUGCAACCUUUUUAACUUAGUUGGUGAUGGUUGAAGGAGACGCAGCCUGAGGUGGUAGAAAGAAAAGUCCCUGGGAGGCAGGGGACCUCAGCUGCAACCGGGCCCCAUGAGCUUAGACUUAACCUCUCUGAGCCUCAGUUUCCCACUUAAAAUAUGCAACAAAGAGAGCUUGCUAGUUGUGAGUUCUUCCCAGCUGUAAACUCUGCUUUCUCAAAAACACUGGAGAGAGAUGCUCACCGAGGCAGUGGGAGGGUGAAAGUCAGCAUUCUUCUAUGUUUAGUAUUCUCUCUAUCACUUGUUAAAAAUGAGCAUUAACACUGCCCUUGACCCCGGAGUAAUAAAUCUGCAGUGGAGGGGUGGGGGUGAGAGGGUGGGCCCUGUUGAUCAUUCUCUUCCUCAGCUGCAGAGCCUUCUCAAUUCUUGGGGCUUAACAAGUCGGCAGCAGCGAAGCAUCCCAAGCGCCUGUCUGGGGAUGCAUUCGGAGCCCGUCAGCAGUGCUGCUGGCUAUGGUUGGCGUCAACCCUGAGGCCUCUGUAACUGCUGGUUGCAAAAACCCUCCCUCAUGGUUCAUGGCUCAUGGUUCGUGUGCACCAAGACUGCAGUGAAUUGAGGUCAGUGAUGGGGACGGGUCCUGAGGGCACUUACACAUGUCACCUGCCUGUGGGUCAGCCAGGUGUUCACAAUGGUCCUGCUCUGCCUACCGAGACUGGUAGUAGCAGCUUUGGGCUGCAACAGGGAUGAAAACAUCCUUUUUCUCACAGGUAGAAUCAGCCUGCAGGUACUCCUGAAUCUGUGACCUUGCUUUGCCUUUUAAAAUUGCCUUUAAUUUACUGCUCAGCGAUGAGCCAGGUGUUUAAUUCUUCCAGAUGGUAUUUGGGCGUAACAAGGGGUCACUCGUCAGAGUUUGUGCCCCGUUUGUCAGCACUAUGUCUUUGAGCAAAGGUGAUAUUUUCAUAUUCAUAUUUAUAUUCUGGACUCACUUUCAUUGAAAACAUCAUGCCUCGACCUCCUUAGGUGCUAAAGGCUGACUGAUAUCAAGGAAAAACCAACCAGAUGUGGCAGGUUUUGGCCAUGCUGCCUCCGACAUCAGACACGGGAGCCUGAGCAGUGACUGGGGCAAAUGCCUGCAAAUUUGGGGAUCGAAGCUCUUCUGCGACCCUGUCACACAGUCUUACAUCUACCCUGAGUAGAUGACAGAAUAGCCUCAGAUUUCUUAAGCACAAUGUCACCGUCCUAAGGCCCGGGCUCUGUGACUGCUCCACAGUGCUGCGUACCGUCAGCCGGCCCCGCCCCGAAGCUCGGCUCUGUGGAGGUGUGCGCAGAUGGGCGUGCCUGCGGACAGCACACUAAAGGCUGCUGCUGUCGGCUCACACAGCGGCUUCAAGGUCCGGGGAAGCUUCUGCAGACAGCUCUCUGCCCUCCUGCCUUGGAGGUAAGUGGCAAAAGAUGGGCAUUAAUCAGAUAACUACAGAAAUGAGAGUUCACUUCUAAGCUGAGAUAAGAGCUACCCAGGAAGGAAUCCAGUUUCCAUGAGAUGAUGUACUGAAAGAAGCUGACGUUGUUUUAGGGCAGCUUUCCCCAGGAAGGUUGCUGGAGAUGACCUCCUCCAAAGACUGCUGGGAAUUCACCAGAAGAAGAGGGGGUGUGGCGGAAGGUGUGAAGGGCUCUUAGAGGGAAGGGCAUGUGCAAAGGGGCUGUAGAAGGAGUUACUGAAGGUGCCCAAGGUGACUAGAAUAAAGGACGGGUGAUGCCCAGUCAGCUGGAGGUGUUGGCAGCCCCUGACCAGCAGUGCCUCAUAAGCCCCCUUAAUGACUGAGGACCCUGACAUGUGAUAGUGGUGACAGGCUCUAAUGAUAGGCUUGAGUCUACCUGGCAAAGAAACCCAUCAACUCUUGAGUCCUUGUCACAUGGGGGCACAUGUGCCCUCCACUUUUCAUGGAGAGGUUGGCAGAAGGAUUGUGUUCUUCUCAUUUCAACUUUCAUCAACUUUGCGUCGACAGGGAGGGAGGGUCCCCAUCACAUGAAUGGAUUGGCUUAGUGUCUAACAGGAAGGGGCAUGUCUGACAAUAAGGGAGCCAGUAUAACCAAAAUCCAAGAUCAUUAACUGUGUUGCGUAGAAUGGGAACCCUGAUCGCGCUAACAUAGAUCCUGUGGAGAGAGAGUAGGGUUCCCCUUCAGGCCAGGGCUCAGAACUCCCUUGAAGCCUCGUGGAGCGGAGUAUCCCUUGAAAGCCAGCCCCAUCAGGACCAUAGUGUCCAUUUGCCGUGGGCCUGCAGACGGCUCGCUGCUGGGUUUGUGCUGCUCCACCCAUCUUAGCUCCAAGUUUAUCAUGGCCAGGUCCACACUGGAAAUUCAGACAAAUUAAACAGAGAAGUAGGGACUCGCCCCAUGCCCUGCCCGGACUUUCCUUUCUCCCCAUGUUACUGUUGGAUUCCUGAAGUCCUAUCUCUCGGGAGAAGGGAGAGAAUGUUUGAGGAAAGACAGGAGUCAAAUUCUGGCAAAGAAUCACCAAAAAUGGCACUUUUGGUUUUGAUCACCAUUUCAAGAGGAAUUUAACAAUGUGUGCCCUGAUUAUGAGGGUGAUGGUGUGCAAGGCUGCAGGUCUCCAAAGAGUUCAUGGGAGGCAGGCCCCUGUUCUCAAGGAGAUUGGAUCAGAUUCAGGCAGGAGGAAGAGGGCACGUUUCAGGAGACUGUGGAAAAGCCCCUUUCUCCCUCACUGGGUGGCUCAGCAAAGGUUUGCUUGACUCCAGGAGCCCGCGAAUACGCAGUUGGGGCAGCCUCAGUGUGAAGACAGAGGGAGGGUCCAGGAGGGUAGCAGAGAGGCUGCCAUGCAGGGAAGCUACAGAAAGGAGAGGUUCCAUCUCAGGGUCAUAUUGGUUAUGAAAUGUCCUAUUUAAAAGAAGAUUAAUUUCAAGCUGGUGGACAGGGAAAUGUCUGGCCUGUGACCAGGGGCCUUAUCGUCCUGGACCCCAGUUUGGAGUCUCGGUGUGUCUCCCUGGAUCCCUGCGCCCCUUCUGCCGUGGGCUCCUGGGCGGUGGGUCUGACUUGCCGGAGGCACCCUGGCUUCUUUUGUCUUUCGCAAUCACGCUUUCAAAACACGCUGAAAAGGAUUUUGAUUCUGUUAGAAACUGAUGUUAAAAUAAUAUUUCGUUUCUCUUGUGAGAGGAAAUCAGUUGUUUGCCUACAUCUGAACCUGCUGACCAAAAAAAGGAGGAAGGUCUCUCUCCAAACAGAGAGAGAGAGAGCGCUGAACCAGGCGCACGUUCAGAAAAAGAAGGAGUGAGAGCUGGGCGUCGCCUGUGUUAUUUUAUGAAGAAAUGCCUGAAGAGGUCAGGGGAUGUGUUUUCAAAUGAGCUAGGCUAUCCCCCGCUGAGUAAUGACCGCGAUGCUAACAUGUUAUAUUCUUUGCAACCUCAGUUUUCCUUGAAGAGAUGAUAUAAUAAUUAACCCUCAAUUAACACAAGAUCAACAGGAGCCCUCAAAAGUUAGAACUUGGGGAUCCUCUGUCACCUGGCCCUGUCCACAACCAGGAUGCCAUGCCCAGGAGCCCCAGGAAGGAGUGCGGCAGUGAUUUGCCUCAUGCGAUGCAAGCAGGCGGCGCCAUCUCCUUCACACUGGCCUUCCUUCCUCCCUGAGCCCCCUCCGUUCCCCUCCUCCAUGAAACUGCGUGAUGUGGGGUUUGGCGUCUUGCUGUUCUGCUUCUUUACACACUGCUGGUGGGCUGCCAGAGUCUGAGGCAGCACAAGUCCAGAACGCAGGGCGAAUGAGCAGGGCUUUGGAGACAUACGAGCGGGGUUUCACGGAAACCUGUUGCUGAAAGUAGGGAGAGUCAGGCGGCCCGGUCAUCGCUUAAAAGAGCUCGUCUUUGUGCUUCAGUGUGACAACAGGAUCCUAGGUGUGGGGAGAUUUUGAAGGGCUAGGAGCUGUCAGAGAGGACGCAGGCCUCAUCCACCGUGUGUAGACAACUCCAAAGGCAGUAGAGGGGAGGGACACCAGGGAACUUUCUGGUGUGACGAAAUGUUCUAUAUAUUGAUGAUGGCAAUGGUUCCACCAAUGUAUGUGUUCUUCAGGACCCACAGAACUAACUAUUCACCGAAAAGAGUGAAUUUCACUGUAUGUCAAUUAUAUCGUAAUUUUUAAAAGAAAUGAAAUAAAGUGCACUAGCCACCGUCUGGCCCUAGCCCACUCUUCUCGGGGCCUGGUCCUAAUGUCCAUCGCUUUCUGGGCCUGUAGACCUUACUUCUUCUAAUCCCUAAUCAACGGACAGUCUCCACUCGGAGCUUGGGCUCUUCUCUCCCUCGCAGAGAAAAAGGAAGUUGAGUGCGCACGCGUCUCACUGAAGGAGAGUUCCAGAAGGCCCUGCCCUCUAGCUGACGGGCCGCCUUCCCUGAGAAGGUGAGGAUGGCAGCCGUCCCUGCUUCUGAGUGGACGGUCUCUGACGUGCAGCCAGGGAGGAAAUUCAGUCACAGCGGGGUCACAGAAGUGUCUGAGACUCUCCCAUGGGGGUUUAGGUGCCAGACCCACCUCCCGCUUUCGUGCCCCAGUGUGGCGGGCGUUUGGAAAGGUUGGGAAUCUGCUGAAAGUUGCGCUGCGGGUGUCCGCAGACCAGUGGGCCUGAGCAUCAUUUUGAACUGAGGAUUCUUUUCUGCAGGCUCCUCUUUCUGUUGUUAAACUUGAGGGCCCCACGUGGCAGCCGAAGGUGAGCCUGCGGGCCGUGCAGCCUCUCCCCGCCCUCCCCCCCCCAC